UGGGAAUCCAUACUGCAGGAAGUAGAUUACAGUCCAGCGGUCCACAUGGGUAAGUAGUGCAAGAAGGCGAUCUUGCAUGUCGCUAGCGCGCCAGCAUAGCUAGGCUGUGGGUGAGACUCCUCGACUGUUGCUCGCCAGCUACCUCAUGUAUCUUUCAUUACUAUGGAGUACUCCGUACAAGAAUACGAUUGCGUCUUUGAUGAACAUGGACCUUCCGACCGUAUAUAAGACCGCACCUCCUCCAUCUCAUGGCGAGAUGGAUACGAUUGGGGCUCACACCCAGAACUUCAAAACACCCAAUAGUUGGCCCCUGACCACCUUUCAAGUUAUCUUUGAUUUACUAGAUUAAUACAACCCGUAGCGGCGUCAACAUGUUUUCAUCUACAAGGCCGAUCCUAUCUCCAGCUCACAAGUCCACUAUACCAACUUCGCACGUGGUACCACUCACGAAAGACGGAAAUGACAACCUAUCCACCACUUCCAGUGUCUUCGGGGUCGUAAUUGGUGUCUUAAGCCUUGUCAUUGCAGGUCUACAACUGCGCCGUAUGUACCAGAGAAGACGACCGUCCGAACAAGCAUUCGAAUUACCUUGAUGGGCAUGAGCACGGUGUUUAUGAAUUACCGGAAAACCGUCUCAGUUUAGUGAAGCGUUUAUUGCAACAGGGCUCAAAGACAUGGCGCAGGAUACAUCUCAUUCUGGGUUGUAGGAAAGGACAUCGGGUUCCUCGAGUACACUCCUAAAAUCAUAGUUUUGAAGGGUGUUAUGGUAUCAUGCAGAGGCCGAAGUGUGAUCGUGGGACGUGCUUGCGGACUUUUGUGCCCCAACUAUGUAUUGAUUUCUUCAAUCUUCAAA